AUGGCCGGCGUGCCCCCGCCGCCGCGGCAGCUCGAUGUGCGGCGCUUCGCGGCCGCUCGGGCCGGGGAGCUCCGUUCCCUCCACGAAGCCGUAUCCUCCCGCCUCGACGGCCGCUUCCAGCAGCCCCGCUCCGCCCGCCGCCGCACCACGGGGCACCUCCCCUCCAAGAGGCGCCGCCGGCGACGCGGAGAUGCCGCGGCGGGUGACGGCCCGGAGGAGGAAGGGGAGGAGGAGGAGGGGAGGCCCGAGAAGCGGCAGUCGAGGAGGGUGAGGCGGCGGCGGGAGCUCGCGGGCAACCCCGCGGAGGGGUUCUCCGUCGCCGGCGACGGCGCGCGGCGGCUGCGCACGCACCUCUGGCACGCGAAGAGGUUCCAAAUGGAGAGGCGGUGGGGCUUCAUCUUGCCCAUUGGUGUCCAGGGAAGAGGAAGGGGUUCAAGGAGUGUUCUCAAGUGGCUGAAAAAUGGAACAGUUGUUCAUGAUGCUAGCUACUUCAUUCCAGUUGAGCUAGAAGGUCCAGAGGACUCCCUAUUGUCCAUUGUUAGAAUGGUUCUGCAUCCUUCUCCUGAAGAUAAAACUCCUGGUCUGAAGCAUCUGCAUGGUCAAGUUAUGCGAGGUGUUUGCUAUGAGAAUGCUAUGCUUUGCCGUGUUGGGAGUCCUCAUUCUGAAAUUGUUGGACCAGUGACAUACAUGUGGCGUCCAUUUUUUAGGGAGAGUGGCAAAUUGGUAACUGAAGAUGUAGAUUACUCCAAUUCUCAAAUUAGAGUCGAUGAAGGAAAAUGUGGUUCUGUGCGGCGCCAGUUAUGGAUAUGGAUCCACCCUGCUGUUCUCAGCGAAGGGUUUGAAGCACUAAAAGUCGCAUGUGAGAAACAGAUGCAAGAGUCUGGUGACACAAUCAAUUGUUGCUCACUGGAGGGGAAAAUGGCUAGAUUAGAAGUUAUGGGAUGCAAUGCUUUGCAAUCUCUCAAGAGUAUAUUGCACCCAGUUAGCAAUCCAAGUAUGUCCACCAAGCUAGUUAAUGCAAAUAAUUUGACUGCAUCAACUGAUCCUCUGGACUCCCCUACUGGCUCUCAUUUUUUGCAAGCAUCUGUCAUCGAUCAUGCUGAUAUAUUUCAGACUGGUGCUAUACUAUCCAUGACAGUCCGUGACCCCAGAGAUAAUUCAGUCCAGGGAGUAGAUUCCUCAAAAACACAUUCUCUGAACCAGGAUAACCAACUCAUGGAGGAAUACCAAGUUUCAAAUGCUAAUGAGGUACCAUCAGAGAUGAGAAAUAUUUUGUCAUCGAUAUGGCUGAACCCAGGAAGUUAUGAUUUGGUCCUCUCAGAUUGUAAAGAACUAUGGGAUUCCAACCUUAAGAUAAAUCCUCCUGUGAAUGAGGAAAUUCUUUGUAUGGAGAGACACCACAGACGUAUAAAGUUUUUCUGCCUUGAUUCUGGAAAUGAUGUAGGACAAAGAGCUCAAGAAAAUGAUUCCAUCAGUCGAUCCUUCCCUGUUAUUCUUCUGAAACAUGCAAAAAGUAAUUUGCUCUCUGUAGGGUGGUCUGUUAUUCUACCUCUGAGUUGGGUAAAGCCUUUCUGGCUUUCUCUAGUAUCUCAUGGCGCACAUGCAAUUGGCUUAAGAGAGAGACGGUGGAUAGCUUCAAAGUUCAAGAUGCCAUGCUUCCCUUAUGAUUAUCCAGACAGCAAAGCAUAUUCGCUAUUUUUGGCAGAAGAGGCUGAGGUUUUUGAUAAAUCUAUGAACUGCCGUCCUUCUUCCAUGAGACCUCCAAAAGUUCCUGUACCACCUUUGUGGCAUUCUAUCAUUGCUAGUUUUCAUAAAAGAAAUGGCAUAUUGAGCACUCUUGAAGAAGAUGACUUAAAGAGCGUUGCUGCAGUAUUAUCUAAAAGUCUAACAAUGAAUUCCAACUCUGGCGAUACAGAAUCAUCAUCAACAGAUGUUUCUACAUCCUCCAAACUAGUGCCAAGGACCAUCCAAGUCUUGAGACGGUAUGUGAAAGAAUUCGAUGCGAAGUAUUUGAGUCCGUCUGACAUGGAGGCAGUUACUGAAAAAUCCAAUCUAGUUUCUGGUGACAAUAUGAAAUUGGAAUGCUAUAUAAACAGACUAUGUAUUGUAAGGGUUCUUAUCCGAGCAUUUAAGGAAGGCUCUUUUGAAGAGGGUGCUGUUGUUUGUGCCCCAUUCCCAUCAGAUCUUUCAGCCUGGAAGACCAGAUCAGAGGAGGAUGAAUGCCUAGAAAAAUGGGAACUCCAGCUCCCUCAAUCCCAUCUAAGUUCCUAUUUCUCUUGGCUGGAUCCAAGCACCAGCAAGCUCCAACUGCCGAAUGACGAUUCUAUACAGAAGGCAUUCAGAUGGCCAAUAGGCUUUGUCACGACUGGUUUUGUCCAUGGAAGUAGUGGGAAAGAUGCCGUUGCAGUUGCCUUCUGCGAAGCAAAGCUUCUUGCAGUUUUGAGGAGGCAGCAAUGGGCUCAUGAAAGUCUGCAGGGCCAAGAGAUUUGUGUCCUUGUAAGGAAUGCAAGAUCAACGUCAUACCGACGAGCACUUGCAUCAAUUGUCCUAGAGCAGCAAGAGGAAGACCUUAUGUUUCUGUAGUCCGUAAACUUCUGCUUAUCGCAAUGUUGUAAAACUUCUCAUAAUCUUUUUAUAACUAUCUGAUAUUUCGUUUAAAUUGCUUAUUAUAAAAUGAGGAAUUUUUUCGUUUACAUAUCAGUUGUCACAUGGAGCCUGGGCCCACAUGACAAUA